AUGAAGCAGGCUGGUUCCAUCCUCGCCCUCGCCGGGCUCGUCUCCCUUGCCCAGGGUCACGGAUUCGUCACCUCCCCUCAGGCCCGUAUGCCCGGUAGCGCCAUGGAGAAGGCCUGUGGCCAGCAAGUGUACAACAACCAGGAGGCCGACAACUACGGCAACGUGCAGGGUGAGCUUCAGAUCGCCUCGGGCCAGAGCGACUACGACGCCGACGCCUGUGACAUCUGGCUCUGCAAGGGUUACAAGUACGCCGACAACAAGGACAACGUCUACUCGUACAAGGCCGGUGAGACCGUCGAUUUCACCGUCGACAUUCGCGCUCCUCACACCGGUACCGCCAACGUCUCCGUCGUUGACACUGCCUCCAACACCGUCAUCGGCUCCCCUCUGAUCUACUGGAGCGUUUACGCCUCCACCGCUACCGGUGUCACUGCCAACGAGACUAGCUUCAGCGUCACCAUCCCCGAUGAUCUCGGUGAUAAGUGUACCGAGGGCGGUGCUUGUGUUCUUCAGUGGUGGUGGAACGCUGCUUCCAUUGAUCAGACUUAUGAGUCUUGCAUUGACUUUACUGUUGCUGGCUCUGGCUCUUCUUCUUCCUCUUCUUCGUCUUCGUCUUCUUCUUCCGCCGCUGCCAGCCAGCAAACUACCACCACUGCUGCCGCCGCCGCUGUCACUACCCCUAGCACCGCCAACAACGUCGCUCCCGCUUCCUCUAGCGUCCCUACUACCCUCGCUACUAGCGUGAAGCAGAGCGCUACCGUCGCCCCUGUUGCUGCUUCUAGCGCUGCUGCUGCUGCUGCUGCUGCUUCCUCGGGUGUCUCCAUCCCUACUGAUGGUACCGCUGAGGAGCAGCUCACUUGGGUUGCUAGCCUGCUUAAGGCUCUCCUUAAGUACGCUAACUAA